AUGGUAGACAAGUUCGCAUUGCGAUAUUGCACUGUGGGUGACACUCUUGACUACAGUAACGAGUUGUUGGUCUAUUUGUACGCCACUUUACUUUUGGGACAUCUCCAAUACACAACACCUCAGUCUUCAUCCCUUUUAAAUAGAAGACGAUUAUGUUUGGAUCUCACAUUUUGCAAAUGCUUCGCUUUCUUAAAUAUAAAGACAUGGUUGAAAUGUCUUGGCAGUGGUCCUUGCACUUCAGCUCAAGUCCUCAGACAAGCACACCAUGGUUUGGCAUAUUGCAAUCUAGCUGCCAAUGAUAAUAUUGGCUCUAUUAACGAUAGUGAUACCAAGUCCAAUACAGCCACACAGCUGUGCUCUGCAACCAAGAAACCCAAACAACAACUGAGAAAUAGUACGUAUGCCUAUUUUCAGUCCCUUGUAUUUCUGACUCAGUUUAUGUCGGAAUAA